AUGAUCACUUCGGUCUCAUCAUCUAUGCCUUACUCUACUUCACCCGACUCAUACUCACACUCUCACAUCAACAACACCGACAACAUGGUCCGUUCAUCUUCAGCAGAGCCCGGAAAGAGCUCCAAGCGAAAGGGCACCCGAAGCGUUUCCACUCUCACACCUUCACAACUUGCGCGCAAGCGAGCCAACGACCGAGAAGCUCAAAGGGCUAUCCGGGCGCGAACAAAGGAGCACAUUGACCGUCUGGAGCGCGAGCUGGAGGACCUCAAGAGCAAGCAGAGUCGUGAUCAGACCGUCCAGGAGCUUCUGCGACGGAACCAAGCGCUCGAGGAGGAGUUGAUGCGACUCAAGGAGAACAUGGGUGUCUCAAUGACCUCGUCGCCUUACUCUGCACCUGGUACGGCUCUCUCAGUCACAAUCCCAGUCUCAACAACAUCACCACCUCACCACAGUAUACUGACUACUCCCUCAGUAUACGAUGAUAACCUCAGCACUGGCAGUGGUGCCAUCCCCAGCCCUCGUGGCUCCCCUUACCCUUCUGGCGACUACAGCCCUCUUCCCGACUAUGGACAGCAGUAUGUCCUCCCUAACAACUGCGAGUCAUGGGCCAGCACAGUUUCUUGCCCCGUCCCCUCCAACGUCUCCAGCCCUUCCUCCUCCGCCGACGACUAUAGCGCCGGUUACAUCCCUACGAGCGUGCCUACCUCAAUGCUGCCUUCCAACAACACAAGCUCUUCAAGCAUCAGCGCCGUCGGUCACGCUCACAAGGAUGUUAUCAAGAUGGAGUACGAAGAUGUUGACUCUCACGUGUCUAGACGCCGGAUUCCGUCUCAGCAACCAUUCGCUUCAGCCCGUGUCCCCCCAUACUUACAUGGCUCAGCAGCAGCAGCCCGCUUGGAACAUGUAUCCCGUCUACUACCCCCAGGCUCAGUCUUCGGUCCACUGAAGGACCAACCCCAACCGGGCUUAUCCUGGCCGGGGCCCGUUUUAACUACUCCGCCGGCCUGUCGCUUUGACGAGCUCCUGGUCGGCUUCCUCCAGGACUGUCGCCGCAUGACAACCGUGGAAUCGCUUGCUCACACACUGGGUCCGCCUCAGAUAGAUGUGCGGUCCGUGUUUCGCAGCCUCGACAGCCACGGCCAGCUUGCCUGCUCACCUUACCCCAUUACUGAUCUCAUCCGGAGUCUCAUUGACACGGCAGGCAUGAGCAGGCUGACUGAGCGCAUCGCCAUCUUUGCGCCUCUACAGACUACAAUCUGCUGGCUCGCUCAGCCUACGCCGGAGAGACGCGCGCGACUGUGCGAGGACUACGUGCCGCGUGAGUGCCAAUUGACAACCCCCCACCCGCAAUGGCUCGAUCUGCUCCUCUGGGGCAACUUGCGCGAGACUGCGAUCGAGCGACGGGAUCUCUACGCUACAGAAGAGUUUCAACGGGUCUACUUCGACGCGCUGCGCCUUAUCAAUUGGCCUUGUCAGCCGCUAGAUGACCUAGUCACCGAUCCGCAGACGGGCCAUGUUGGGCUCACGGAUGCUCUCAUGGCCCAUGCCAUGAACGGAUCCAACUGGCGUCUGAGUGCGACCUUUGCGCAGCGGUACCCCGAGCUUUGUGGCUUAGUGGCUCUGGAGUAG